AUGCCAAUCGGACAUGCUUCACUGAACAUAGCAACCAAGAGAGCGUAUAUUCAGUUGCCAUCUCCUCCACCAGAGCCAGUUAAAAGAGUAAAAUACGAAGAUAAUGUGCUGUUUGAAAUUAAACCAGAAUCGACUUUUUACCAAGUAAUAUAUAGAGAGAUCAGAUUGGGAAACGAGAGAUCUGAAAAGUUCAAAGAAUAUUACAAAACAGAACGCUGCACGAUGAAUAAUUACAAAGGUGAACAUAUUUUGGCAGUAUUUUUCAAACCGCAUUAUAAUUUCCUGCAACUUGUGAUGCAUUGCCUGAGAGAUGUGCCAAUAUUCGUAAUUGGCAUCACUAAUGGCGAUGAGCGAUGUCUGGAAAAUUUACAAAUACCUAUGAUUACCAACGGUAAGAAUAUUAUCAACAAGAUGAAAAUGUUGGAUCCACUUGGUGGUGGAAUGUACCCUCUUGAUUGUUGUGUACUGUUUGACAAUUUGGGUUACGUGCAGAAUACCAUCUCUUGGCAAAACAGUGGUCAUGAUGCAAGGGCCUUCAGAAAGUAUUUAUUAGAUGUAGUGACAGAUCGCGAUAUAAUCAUGCAUUUGGAUCCAUAG